AUGGAGCUGGGGUACUUCGCUCUCGCCUUUCCGCCGGGGCUGUGCCGCGGUGCCCCGCAGGCCCCGUAUCCCCAGCGGGGGGAUGACGCCUUCCUGGCGCUGGGCACCACGGCCAGCGCCGCGUCCCCCCCGCAGGCGCCGGGCUACGCGGCCGCUGCCCCCGCGGCGCUGGGCCCCGGCUGCCGCCCGUCGCGGGGAGCCGCACCGCCGGCCUACGCCUCGUCCAUCCUCGCCGGGAGCGGCCGCUCCCGGGACCCCGAGCACCCCUGCCCCUGCCCCUGCCUGGGCGCGGGCGGCGGGGCGCUCCGGCACCUCUCGCCCUGCCCCGGGGCCGCCCCCGCGCCCGCCCGCCCGGCUCCCGCGGCGGCCCCGGCGGCGCCCCGCACCUUCGAGUGGAUGCGAGCGAAGCGGAGCCCGCCCGGCAGAAGCGGCCCGGCGCCGUGCGGGGGGGAAGCUCCCGCCUGCUCCGCACGCACCAGCUUCAGCACCCGGCAGCUCACGGAGCUGGAGAAGGAGUUCCACUUCAGCCGGUACCUGUCGCGGGCCCGCCGCCUCGAGGUGGCCCGCUCGCUGCGCCUCCGCGACGCCCAGGUGAAGGUCUGGUUCCAGAACCGCCGCAUGAAGCAGAAGAAGCGGGAGCGGGAGGCGCUGGCCGCCCCCGCCGCCGCUGUCCCGGGCGGCCCCGCCUGA